AUGCCACCGCAACGCACCUCAAGAAAACUCAACCCGCAGGCCCAACAUGCCCUGAUCCGGAAAUAUAGAAUAUCGAUCGAUGGGCCUGUCCGCCGGCGAGACUGGCCGCCAAGAUAUGCGCCCCUAUUUGGCCUCGUGCGAGAUAUGGAGAAGAUUGAGUAUGAAGAAUACGCUACCAGAGAUUAUGGAAGCGAUGACGUGCGACUAAUCCUCGUCUCUAAAAUGUGCAACCGCGUCGAGAAGCUUGUUACUCAAGCGCAUGCUCUUCGCGAAUCCCUCGAUAACGAGGAAACUUGGAGAUUUAAAACAGAGCACCUGAUUCUCAAGCGAUUCGAGGCUGCUGUGGAUUGUCACAUUUGUGCAGACCGGCGGUGGAUCUCAGACUUUCAGGCUAUACCGAGCUGCCCAGAGGCAGCAGAGAGGUUACAAGACACACGUCAUAGCAGAAAGCUCUGUCAAUGUUCAGAGUCUAUGCGUGCGAAGUUGCUGGCUGAAGCAUCCUCGCAAACAUCCUUUGUCACCAAAGGGAGCUGCACUGUUGUGGACAAGUCAAUGGCCGAGAUUCAGAAAAAGAUGCUCGCCCAUCACAGGCCAGAUCGGGUUCUUGGGCUAGGACGAACCGCCGAGCUAGAACACCUUCUUGCUGCUGGCCCUAGCAUCCCGCGGACAGUCGUCGGGGAAGACACGGACAUGUACUUUCCUUUUCUUGUCCUUGAGGCCAAGUCCGAGAAGAAUAGCGUGGGGUUUGAGUCGAUCGAGCGGCAAACCGUCUUUCCAAUACGUGCCAUGCUUGAUCUUCAGAGGAAUUUGGAAGCGGCGAGCAAGGUGCAAUUCGAUCCACUGGUGUGGUUCUUAGCAAACCGAGGAGAUGAAUGGAGGGUUUAUGCGUGUGUUCCUCACCGCGCUCACACAAAAAUCAUUGAUCUAUGGCACGGGUCUAUUCUCAGACAUGAUUCAGCACUGCAACUGCUUCUGGUGAUAGACCUGCUAUGUGACUGGGCGAGAGAAAUAUUCUUGGAGCGUAUUGUGAAGACUCUACAAGAACAGGCAGGCCCGGACUUUCUGGGACUGCUCUCUCAUAACAGUGUCGAAUCCAUAGCCCCUAUACAGGAUCCUCUUCGUGAUAGCACGCUGACGCCACCUCGGGUGACCACUGAGGCGACUAGCAGCCCCCAGCCGGAGCAAUCCACUUUCACUGGUCGCGAAAUAGUUGUGAAGCCUGAGGCUGAAAAUGUUGUUAUAGAUGGGGUACCGCACAUCAGCACUGGGGAUACACCGACUGCAUACGAUUCAACCAUGGAGCCUCCGGCCCGCGGCUCAUCCAUGCAGCCUAUUCCCAUCUCAGCUGCAGAAUCUAGAGACCGGACUAUAAUACCGGAUGGCUGGCCUGGACACUUAGCUCUAAGAUCCCAGUUCGAUGUGCAACUUCGAUUUCGUUCUCUAUCGCUUCCUGAAUCCGCCCACGAUUUGUCCGCACUGCUGGCGACAAUCGACGGCAAGGACAAGAUAGCCCAAACUGGCAUAAAGUUGCUGGAGUCGUUUGAUUUAGGGUCCCCGUUGAGGAUGGAGCCAGUGUUCAUAGAUAGGAUCAGACAAGCCUGGGGAGAGCCCGAGUGUCCCCUUCGCCCUGAGGGCCAGCCCUUGCUCUAUGCCUGCCUGCAUUGGCGAACGACCAUUGAUUAUGCUGACUGGGUCGUAACGAACGAAAUUGCAUGCAUUACAGCUUCAGAGGUUGCUAUGGGAGUCUUAGCAUAUAUCAGCCAUAUUCCUGGGGUCCAGCCAUCCGGAGGGGUUAUAUCCAGGGAAAGUGUACCGAGUCUUAUCCACGACCUUCGUCGCCUCCCGCUCCCAGAACUCGUGCAAGCAGCGGCCAGAAAGGAGUUUCUGCACCUGACGAAUUUGUACACAUAUGAAAAGCCUAGAAACAGAAAGGAGGAUAUUCAGAAAGAAGAGCUUUUCGAGCGUCUUUGGCAAUGCCUAGAUACUCGACCGAAGAAUUUCAGCGGGUGCCUCGAAAACAUCUGCACAGUGGUACGAGGGAAGACUCAUUUGUAUGAGCCUGAGGACGAGGUCGAGAUUCCCCCGGCACUUCAGGUCCCAGAGGCUGCCAAAGAGUGCCAGUUUGCUCUUCUGCGGGUGCCUCCUACCGUGAAGGCCAGAUACCCGCCAUAUUGCGUGUAUGUGUUUGGCAGUCCUAUCCCUUCUAUGAUAGGAAGGGAGAUUACCUGGCUCAUCAUCGAGCCCUUUAGCUGCUUUUAUGGAAAUAAUCUGCCGCUCACAGAACUGGAUCGGAAGUAUUUGACGCAGACGUCUAGGAUUUUGAUGAAUUUAGAUUCGGAUUGA